GGGAGACACACACACACACACACACACACAGCUUUCUGCCUUUCUUCUGAUCUUCAAGAAGUGGGAUUUUAAUGAUGUAUUUUGUCAUUUCUGCCAUGAAAGCUCAAAUUGAAGUCAUCCCCUGUAAGAUCUGUGGAGACAAAUCUUCAGGGAUCCACUAUGGUGUCAUCACCUGUGAAGGCUGUAAGGGUUUCUUCAGGAGGAGCCAGCAGAGUAACGCCACCUACUCCUGUCCUCGGCAGAAAAACUGUCUGAUAGACCGAACGAGCCGCAACCGCUGCCAGCACUGUCGUCUGCAGAAAUGCCUGGCUGUGGGCAUGUCCCGAGACGCGGUAAAGUUUGGUCGCAUGUCCAAGAAGCAGCGGGACAGCCUGUUUGCUGAGGUGCAGAAGCACCGUUUGCAGCAGCAGCAGGGUCACCCAAUGAACCACUCUGCUCUCGGCAGCCUGGUCCCAGGUGAGGUUGAACCUCAGUCCCCUGACUACCGCCUCACGUCCACAGACCUGAUGGACCUCCAGGACGAGCUGGGAGGAUAUACAGAACAGCACUCUCCCAAGAGAGGAUCCGUGUCGUCCAAGGUGGACUCUGGAGAAGGAGGAGGGUUUUAUUUGGACAUUCAGCCUUCUCCUGACCAAUCUGGGCUCGAUAUCAAUGGAAUAAAACCGGAACCGCUGGGCGAGUACGGCUGCACAAAUAGCUUGUUCCCUUACUGCUCCUUAAGCAACGGAGAAACAUCAUCUACCCUGUCCAUGGCUGAACUCGACCAAAUGGCCCAGCUCAUCUUCAAGUCUCACAUGGAGACAUGUCAGUAUCUGAAGGAGGAGCUACAGCAGAUGAGAUCCCAAAAAUUCUUAGAGGAGGAGGUGGAGAAAUAUCAGAACAAGCCAAGGGAGGUCAUGUGGCAGCUGUGCGCAAUACAAAUCACCGAAGCCAUCCAGUACGUGGUGGAGUUUGCCAAACGCAUCGACGGCUUCAUGGAGCUUUGCCAGAAUGACCAGAUUGUCUUACUGAAAGCCGGUUCUCUGGAGGUUGUCUUCAUUCGAAUGUGUCGGGUUUUUGACUCGCAGAAUAACACCGUCUACUUUGAUGGAAAAUUUGCUGGGCCUGAUGUCUUCAAAGCGUUAGGUUGCGAUGACUUGAUCUCAUCAUUGUUUGACUUCACUAAGACCAUGUGUUCACUGCAUCUGUCUGAGAAUGAGCUUGCACUUUUCUCAGCAUUUGUUCUCUUCUCUGCAGACCGCUCAUGGCUGCAGGAGAAGCUCCAGGUGGAGAAGCUGCAGCAAAAGACUCAGCUGGCCCUGCAGCACAUUCUGCAGAAGAACCAGCAAGAGGACGGAGUUUUAAACAAGCUCAAAUGUAAGGUCUCGGCGCUGCGUUCACUGUGCACUCGGCACACAGAGAAGCUGUUGGCGUUCCGGACGUUCUACCCAGACAUCGUCCGCACAAACUUCCCUCCCUUGUACAAGGAGCUUUUUGGCGCCGACUUCGAACACUGUCUGCCGGCUGAAGGCUAAGCUCCGCCCACCUGCUGACCACACCAAGCAGUGUUGAUUGAGCACCUGCUUUCAGACGGGUUUAAACCCGUUUCUGCCGUCACGGAGGCAGGAGCGUUGAGUCUCUGCAGCUAAAGACAGAUGCUGUCUGAGACGCGGCUGCUGCACGGGGACGUGCAGGACAGCUCCUCUGUCAGACGUGCUUCACCUCCUCCUCAUUUUCUCUGCAGGUUUGGAUCUGAGACUUGAGAAUCAUGUGACCUCCUUACAGUGUUCAGGCUAACACCAGCUUCAUCCGAUCCUGGAUCCGGCUUCCCAUCUGUCCAGUGCUUCAGUGUCUCCUGGACGUGUCCACCUGUGGACAUGUGAUUUGUUCAUCUGCUCAGCUAUGUUUGCGUACCACAUCUAUUUUGUCUACUGACUGUCUAUAAGAAAUGAAUAAAUAGUCACUUUUAAAACCAAAUUAUGACAAACUGUUGCACUUAAUAUGUUAAAUAGUAUUCAAGGUUCUUAAAAAAGCAACACUGCUGGCCUGUGCAGGAUUUAGUCAACCUCUCACCCAAAAUAUUCUGGGAUGGGCUGCAGAAAACCACACAACCAUCAGCCAGACAAGCACAAGAAACAGGAUAGACAGACAGAUAGAUGCAGUAAAAAAACAAGUAGUUACGUGCUUUUCGAAAAGAAAGCCGUCACUUCACUUCACCGAACGCUGACGAAAAAGAUGCGAAUGCCUAAUAUAGUGCAG